CGCUGGUGUCGCUCUUAGAACAAGUGUCUCUUGAAGAUAUCAUAUCAAAGACGGUCCCAAAUACAUGAUGAGAUUUAAGAUCAUGAUGUGUCUGCUGCAACUGCUGUCAAGGAUGACGAAUGGAACCAGAUCAGCGUUUGAGCUGCUGACACAACGUCACAUUGGCCACACGGUAUAUGAGUACCAGAUGACGACAUCGUCGACGACACGAGCAGAUACAUGCGCUGCCAGCUGUGCACGACACCCACGAUGUUCUAUCUUCAAGUUCAACCCAAACACGUCCUUGUGCACUAUCUUCGUUCCAGACACAUUCCUACAAGUCAGCAGCGGAAACCUGGGAGAUGCAGAGAGACACUAUGCCUUAACAAACGGGUGGUGCCCAGUAGAAUACGGAUACAUCUUCCUAAAGGAUGUUCAGAUGUGUAUCUGGCUGUCGUCCACGCAGGCCACCCAAGACUCCGCCGUCAGUCAGUGUGGUCUACAAGGGGGCAGACUCGUAGUACUUGCAGACACUCACAAAUGGGAAGCCAUACAGAAACUAACUAUCAAUAUGGGUGUCUACGUGUACGUUGGUGCCGAUGACAAGGCUGUAGAUGGGACCUUUGUGUGGAACAACGGACGCCUCGUGAAUGCCAGUAUGUGGCAUCCUCAUGAACCAAAUGGUCAGUUGGCAGAGAACUGCGUUGCUGUAUACAGAGGUCUGGUCGAUGUUCCUUGUUUCAUCAAGUUAACGUUCAUUUGCGAAAUCCUUUGUUAAAUUUAAUGACUUUGAUAUCUCUAAAAAUACAAGUGUGUUAUACUUUGAUACAUUUCUGUACUUGUAUGAUUUAUCAAAGAUCUCAAUAUGAAACCGAUGGGACCUUUUCAAGAGUCUCUUUGAUGUCUCAUUCAUUUAGGUAAAUAAGUGAAAGAGAACUGGUCAUUUAACCAUUACGGAACUAUAUCAGAUCAUCAAAGUAAGUGAAUACAUUGAAAAAACCAAAAAAAACCUAUUGAUCAUUUAACUUGGAGAGUUGGACAGGUGUUAAAAAUACGAGAAACUUUGUGGAUGAUGUCUAUUUUUGUUAACAUGGCAGCAAAGAAAAACAUGUAUUACUAAGCACAAUGUAUCCAAUGUACACAAAGACUGGUAACUAAGAUUGAUCAUGAUUAAUCUAGUCCUUAAGAGGGAAACAGACAUAGGUUUUCUUUUAACUGAGACUCGGUUGCUAUUUCCCACACAUAAUAAACACUCGUGUUGAAUCCUCCAUUUCUUAAACAGAUUUAUAAGAAGUUAACCAUGUUCGAUAAUCACAAACGAAAUGUUUUUGUUUUUGUACAGAAAGGGUCAAUGUCAUUUCAAUGCAGAGAAACCUAAAUUGAUCAUUUUUGAUAAGUUGUAUUUAGAAGAUAAAUAGUUACGUUUGUGAAAUUUCCGGGAUUCAUCGUAAUUCAACAUCCGCAAAUUUAGUUUAAAACCGGCGGCUUUAGCCGCAUGUUUUAAACGCUUAAAUUUGCAGGAGCUGGAAUUCGUUCACCUGACAAGGAGAACUAAUGGGUUUUGACAUUCUUUCAAAGGGGAGAUGGGCUACUUGAUGAUGAUGAAACAUAAACAAAAGACAUAUUUUUUUCAAGAUACUUUAAUUACGCAGGUAGUCAUUUGGAAAUUGUAAUAGCUUUAAAUAUUUGGCUAUAGCUUUUACUCCCUCGGGUAGUUUUUCGGAGGCUCAAAGAAUAUUGUCUGAACAAGCUAGCAAAGCAUUAUUUACGCUAUAUAGAAUAACUAGUAAUAAACCCUAUUUUCAAGUUAGCCAACAAUAGGGAUUGU